UACCGAAAGACUCAUAGAAUAUGUAAUUACAAGUUGGAAACUGCGCUUGCCACCAUGGAGCCUGAUGGUGUGAGUUCAGUUGUAAAACAUGUUUUCUGAUUAACAGUUUUUCAAACGGGCAUAUGAAUAGGUAGUUACACUCAUAUUAGCUUCUGGGAAACAGACAAGCCCGGUAAUAGACGAUACAAAUGCUGUCACCACAACAUGCAACUGCAAGUUCGUGUUAAACGAACGUUUGUUUAAAUAUAAUAAAUGACAUCGUUCACGAGACAUUAUCUGCCGAAUUAGAAAUAAACCGAUGAUGACAUUCAAUUAUUUAAUCCGAUGUGUUUUUAAUUAUCCUUUGAGUUGAAAACGGGUUGGGAAGAGGCAUAAUGUGAAUGCAAAACGAAACACAAAAACAACCUUCAUAGAUUUAUCCCCAUCGAGAUCAGCAUACAUAUUUCCAAGCGAUUGUUGUUUUUUUACCAGUAUUUAUGACCCAGCGAAGAGACAAUUUUACAUUCUCCGCACUAGCUACUAAUUGACCCAGCGAAGAGACAAUUUUACAUUCUCCGCACUAGCUACUAAUUAGAACCCAAUAAUUGCCUUCAUGCUCUAAUUAACAUUCUGGAUUUUCUGUGUUGGUGGUCAUGAGUCAUUUGUUGACGCUUCACCUUCCUAUGGCGGGCAUCAGCAAAGUACUCGAUGUCUAAAUGCUCAUCAGCCAAAUGCGUGCAAUAUUGAUGGGUGUAAGUAGCUGUGGUUUCUAUCCCUUGCAAAAAGAAAUAUUAAACAAAAAUGCCACUUAUUUGGUAGCGAAAGGAGGAACCGCGUCCAUCGAGGGAGAUGGAGCGAUGACAUCAGAGCACGUGUGCAGGAGCAAAAUCGCAGGGCCGUGCAAGAUGGCGACUGCAAUGGGAAUGUCUUCAUCCAGCAGUGGAUUGAUCAUGACUGGUGAAAAUAUAACAAAUACAAUAAUUUGUGAACGUGUGCCAUCAUUUGAACGUAUAAGUCAACCAACGCAAUUACAAAAAAAUGCUUCUACACUCACUACGCAGUGUACGUGUGUGGGUUUUAUCCGGGUGUGUGUGUAGACACUCCAAAUAGAGGAUCGCAGAGCUCGGGAAAUUGUUGGCGCUGGCUCAUCGCGUGGUCUGCCUUCCUGGCUGCCGCUCCUCGCUCCUCUGAGUCGUUAUAUCUCUCUCUAUGAGAGUGAGCCAAUACUGUGUGCGUUACAAGUUGAAGUCAUUGUGUAAUGGGAUCCAGGUAUUGUAGUUAUAAAUAAAUAAACCUUCCCACAAUGCAGUGUGGCAGCGACAUUUUAUAAUUUAACUUUUCAUGUAAAUGAGUUUAUCGAGUAAUAUUUGUUUUGAUUAAUGAAGGCUUGUUAGAUAACACCUUACUAUAUAGAGGACCGCAGAGCUUGGUAUAGUGCCGGCUCACGAUCUGGCGGCCUUCUGUGCUUCCUCGUUGCACCUCUGAGUCGAUCUCCUCUCUCUCUCUCUGUACGACUUCGUGAGUGCACGAAGAGUGUGCGGUGGCAGCGCGCUACAAGUUGGAAUCAUCAUCGCAUGUUGGGCGGGCCUGAGAGAGUCCGACGCCGACCUUCAAGCGACGCUGCGGCGCGCCCUGGACGUGCUCGGCGAGAUGCACCGUGCGCGGCAAGCGUCCGCGACCCCCGCGAAAGCCGACGGCGCCGCCGGCUCGGUGUGCUCGGACGUGUCGGACGCCGACACCGACGACUCGGCGUGCGGCUCGCUCGCCUCGCCGACCUCCGAGUUGAGCGGCGCCCCCUGCACCCCGCGCGCCGACGGCGCGGCGCCCUCCACGCCGUCGGACUCGGCGAGCCCGGCGUCGGCUCGGGACGACCACGAGGACGCUCGCUCCGACUCGGAGUGCUCCGUCGUCUCGACCGACUCGGGUUUCGGCCGCGCGGCCGGGUCGGGGCAGCCGGCGGCGUCGGCGCCGCCGCCGCCGCAGCGCUUCCAGCGCAACCUGCGGCGGGCGCAGCUUCCCGAGCGGUGGAAGAGGGCGGUGGAGAGGAAACGCGCCGAGCGCAAGCUGACCGCAGCACGCUCGCUGCCGUCGCUGUGCCACGAGGACGGCUCGCCCGUUCCCCCGCAGCAGCAGCAGCAGCUGCAGCAGGAGCAGCAGCAGCAGGAGCAGCAGCCGGAGGAGCCGGAGCGAGAGGAUUGGACGGAGGCCCUGCUGAGCGGCUCGCGCACGCGCCAGCCGCUCGUCCUCGGGGACAACAGCUUCGCCGACCUCGUUCACAACUGGAUGGAUCUGCCGGACAUCUGCAAUGGGGGCACGGCCCGCGCGGCCCAAACUCAGCAGCAGCAGCAGCAGCAAAAUCCAAAGUUGGAAAAGGAGUCCAAGAGGCCCACGGGGCUGGCGCGGUUGCUGUCCAUUCCGGAGCAGAUCCGCAAGCGUUUCAGCAGCAGCAGCAGCAGCAGCGGCGGCCUCAGCAGCCGCGCCGACAAGUCGAGGACCGUCAAGAAGACGAGGCACCUGUCCAUCUACGAGUUGGACGAUAUGGACUCCUUCUUUGACGAGCUGCCCCCGCACGGCGCCCGGCCGCUCGGGCAGCGGCACUCGCACCCGUGCAUGGUGGGCUCGCUGAGCCAGCCCGACGUCUGCAGCUUCGUGGGGUCGCACCUGGAGGACGCCCGCAGGCUCUCGUCCCACUUCCGCUCCGUCGUGUGGGUUUGAGUCGAUCGAUGGGGCCGGCGAACGGCGGGGGUUUGGGGGGGGGUAGCGGAGAGACUUUUUGGUUGCCCGCAUUGUUGGACUAUAAGCGAAAAAAAUUAACGUCGGUCGCGUCGGAUGAAGACGGCCGCUUUGUUGCGGAUGCGAUCCCUCUGAUGCAAUGACACUAGUGCGCAAUUUUGACACUGCAAAUCCUGGCACGUGUUGUUGAAGGGUUAACGUUGAGGCUUUGUGGUGAGUUGGCAUGCCUCUUAUUAUGCAGCACUGUGUAAAAAGAUUGGUUUGUCGUGAAGACGCCGCUCACUGCGGAACGGUUGAUGUUUGAGGUAUCACACUCGGUGAGGGCGCUCGUUGUUUGCAAUGCAAGUAACGACGCGGAAUUUAAUUGUCAGUUUCUGAAUGAGUUUUCUUUUUAAUUUGCCAGGACCGUGCACCGUGCCAAAAUAUCAACAUUUUACGUCACCACAUCUGAAAAAUGUCGAAAAGAGAUUUUCUUGUGCAGAUUGCUUGAACCAAAAGAACUGUCAAGCCACUUGCAUUGUAUUAUUAUUAUCUAAAAUGCAUAUUCCGUUAAUAAACAGGUAAAUGUAUUUAGUUUGCUGUACUAUAACCAUAAUUGCUCGGUAUAAACUAGUGACAAUAGUAUUAUUUCCGUGUGGCCAAUGGGUGAUAUUUUGGAACAAAGCUGUACAAACCUAAUGUUUUCAUGCAGUAUUCUGUUGCGUUCCUAUACAAAACCAUUCCUACAGAACAUAACACGGCGUUCAAUCGGAAGCUCGCUCUCUCUCUCUCGGCUAGAUAUUUCCAUCUCGCAGACGUAAAAAUCGGUGGCCUCUUGAGCGGAGGUAGGCGCUGUUAUAAUCCAUAACAGGAGGGAGAUUCAAAUGGUCAAUAUGCAAGGUACGAAGGUUAAUGGUGAAAUUAUCUGUGUGUCCUUGAAAAUGGAGACAACUUGCUAGGGACCUCAGAAUCCGUGCAGCCGAUUGCCUGCAGUGUGAGCUCAUGCGCACCCGUCAAUGCGCAUCAGGGUGAGCAGUCGUAGACAACUUCAUAAUCCAGAAGGUGAACAUCAAGGCCCUCUUUGAAAAGCUCGAACAGUUUGGUUAAUGGCCACAUUUAUACAAUGGACCUCCCCCUUAACGAGGAUAUUACCUAGCAGCGUAAAGAAAAACAAAAUGCAUUACGGGUCCAUUUUAUUUAGGGGGGGAAAUGUAAAAAAAAAAAUUGGCAAAAAGUUUAAUUCGCUGGCUUUCCUUGUGUCAUGCGGCCUUCAACAGUGGACCCUUGUGAAUGGUAUCCCAGAUUAUGUGGGCUAAGUUUAAAGCGUAGGCUUUCGCGACCAAAUGUGGGCUAAUUUAUACAUGUUGUUCCAAGCAUUUUUUUUAAAUGUAACUUUUGAGGUACCUGUAGAAAACUCCACUGUUUAUGCAAAAAAAA